AUGAUGAUUGCGGCCGGUCUCAACCCACAGCUUGCCCAUGCACCAGCACAUGAGCAAGAAUCAGCAGGAACCGACGAAACACACUCUAAUCCGCAGUCACCAGUUCAAGAAUCUCCAGAGGAUGUUUUGAACCCGCUUGCAAUCUAUCGCAUGGCGCGAACUGCCUUGCACGACAAGAGUACACGAGGUUCAAGCUCUAAAUCUCCUUCAAGCAUUGAUACCGCUUCACCGGGCACGUUUCAAUACAAUGUGACUCGUCGACAAUCAUAUCGAAAUUCGCACUUGCCAGGAUUGCAACUAAUCCCUGGACAAGAACAUUUACAGCAGUCACAGUUACCCCGACCCAGUGACAGAUCUGCCGUCAUACAUUCUUUUGACAAUGCACCACUCCCUUCAACAAGACCGGAAGUUCCGUUGUUGAACACCAACAAUUUCCCACAGUUUCCAGCUUUCGCUACCACGGGCUCUUGGGAUCCUGCUGAAAUGGCAGUGAUGAACAUGUUAGAUGAUGGAAUCGCCCCCUGGACCGCAGAAUAUCUUACUGAUGGCCAGUCGGGCGUCGAUCCGUUUUUGUUCCCAUUCUAG